CUACACCUCGUGUCUGGGUCGUUCAACCUCCCACCACCAUCACACCGCUACCCUCACGCUAAGCAAGCAUUCAGAUCACACCGCCUCUCCAACAUCGCGAGCCUGGCGCGUCCCGUGUGCACACUCGUGAGUGCCACGCCUCUCGCGCAUCAAAAGCACCGAUCAGCCAGUCCGAAUGGCUUUAGACGCUGCAAAUUACAGCCUUUCCUUAGUGCCCCGCCCCGGGCAAGGCGCCAUAGUGGACCUGUAUCAGCUCGCAUCCAAUGCGAAUCCGGCAACGACAGCCUCAGCAGCUCUAGACCCGUCCCAUCAGCAUGCUUCAGGCUGUUCAGCUCAGUACACCUAUGAGCGAGCACGGACAGUUGCAUAUGCUGCUGAAUUGAGAGAUGCUCACACUUCGGCGGUACUCUCCAAAUUCUCCACCACAACUGCCACUCUCACGGAACGGCAGCGUAAAAUACAGCUGUGCAAUCCGGACGAGGAGAUCAACGUUGAUCGCAAUGCGGGCGUGUUCAACACAGAGUGGAAAUGGAUCUGGCAAGGAGAAACGUUUUCAAUGCGGCGGGAGACUGCUUUGGGAAGUCCGUCCAGUUACAUGUGUCAGGUAGUACGCAAACCCGAUCCUCCGGUAGCAGUAUGCAGAUACAGACCUGCGAGCAAAAGCCGGGCUGGUCAAAUUGAGCUGUACGACUACAACCUGACGCGGCUCGAGGUGCAAGAUCGAAAAGGCCUGGAGAUCCUGCUCUUGAGUCUUCUACUCAGUCUACUAGACGCAGAAACAGAUGACAACAAUCCGAGACCUGCAGGUGUGCCUUUCAAUCCCCCGGAAGGUGCUAUUGAGAGCGGUCGACCACAGAGACCCGACGCUGAAGUGCUGUUGCCAAGCGCCCUGCUGCCUGCUCCCAGAACCGAAUACCUACCUCCUGCGGGCGCAAGACCGCCCGGUGCACCUCCUGAGCUCGGAUUGCAGCCCUCUCGAAACCAGCAGACGACUACUGCAUCCCGACCUUCAGCUCUGAAUGUCGAUCAUGGCAGGGACACUUCUGGUGGCACGUCGAUAUCGGGCCUCGCUGUGGUACCGCACACGCAAGAAAGCAACGAAAUCGACAUUGGUCCUUUUGGAGAUACCCAAUCAUACGUUGCGCGCGCUUUGCAUCUUCUCAGGACCGACCAGGGCGGAUCUGCCUGUGAUCUCAUCAUACUGAGGGCAUUUACAGUGGACACGACGCCAAGAGUGGUGCAGGUCGCCGCUGGAGUCAAGGCCGCAUGGUAUCGCCUCGCACCAACUUCGAAGGGCUCGAGCAAUUCUGGAGAACUGUAUCAAUACGUCCGAGAUGCAUCCAUGGACUCACCCUCUCCGCGGCGGGGCAGCAAUCCCAAUUCGCCAACUAGAGCUCCUCGCUCACGGAUACCUCUGAACGAGCCAAUCAAGGGCCCGAGUGGCGCUACAGCUGCUCAACUGCAGUCGUAUGCACCACCGGAAAAGCUCAUAGUGUAUCUGAGCAAGGAGAGAAUAGACGAAUUCGAACGACCUGGAGGGGCAGCGGUUGGUCUGGGGCCAGGCUCGACUGGGAGCCUACCCUCGGGCUCUCAAGCGCCUUACAUACCUCCAAAGACUGGCCAGCCCGCACCUAGCUGGUCGGCAAGUUCGAAACCACAUUUUCAACAAUCGCCAAGCCCUUCCGGCAGCUCCCCGGCUCAGUCACCUGGUGCGAGCGGCAAGGAUGAGAACAAGCGGCUCUCGACAGGCGUAGGCAAGCUCUUUGGCAAGCUCGGCAGACUCAAGGGCUCGGAACAUUGAUACCCCUAAAGACUAUGAUU